AUGGCUGAAAGACUACAGAAACACAGAUUUCAAAACAUUUUCCUUCCACCCUCUUCUUCUGAUUUCUUGUGGAAAAAAAUGCAUGGGCUGUUCUUUGUCCUGGUGAUGUGCACAGUAGGUGCAUCUGCUUUCAGACUCCAGCAAGUCAAGAACACAGAAAACUGCCCAGAUCACACCGUGUUUUUCAAACACUACUAUGAACUGCAUGGAGAACCUGUGGUUCUGAAAUGCCCUUCCCCCAGAUACAAACAUUUGGAUUUCUCUGCCUUGACCCCUAAUAUCACAUGGUAUAAAAAUGGUUCGAACACCAUGAUAUCAGAAAGAGAUGAAGAUUCAAGAAUCUGGGCAAAAGGAAAUGCACUCUGGUUUUUACCAGUGAGGCUAGAAGACUCAGGAGUAUAUAUCUGCACAAGAAGGAACAACUCCUACUGUGCUGAGGUCUCCAUCCACCUUACAGUUGUGGAGAAAACAGCUGCUUGGGAGAUUGCCUAUCCCCAGGUCCUCUUCACUUUCACCACUGGAAAGAUUGUUUGUCCUGAUCUGUGGGAUUUUACACCAAAUAGGACAAGCCUGGAGCUCAAGUGGUACAAGGAUGCUCAGCCUUUGGAAGAGGACAAUGAAAGAUUCAUCAUUCUGAAUGGUUCAGCAUCUCUGAUCAUGACAUCUGUGCUACCAACAGACACGGGGUAUUAUACCUGCCAGAUGUCAUUUCCAUUUGAAGGUGUGAUGUAUGAAAUCACCAGGACAAUUCAACUAGAGACUGUUGAACAAGAGAAGAGAAUUACCCCGAUAAUUGUGUAUCCAGCCCAAAAGACAACAUCAGCUGCUCUUGGCUCCAAGAUGACUCUGCCAUGCAAAGUGUUUGUUGGGCUGAGCAGCCAUUUCCAAACUGAUGUGGAAUGGCUGGCAAAUGACAGCAGUGUUGACGUGGUUUACAAACAAAGCAGAGUUACAGAGGGGGAACGACAAGAAAUUGUAGAAAAUGGUGAAAACUUCAUUGAAGUACCACUGAUUUUUGAUUCUGUUGAAGAAGUGGACUUUUACACAGACUUUACCUGUCUGGCCCAGAACAGAUAUGGAUACCAAGAACUGCCAACAAGGGUCAAGCAGGAAGCUGCUGGUCUGUCCUGGUACAUUGCAAUGAUUCCUGUUGCUCUGGCCUGCUUGAUCGUGGGAGGGAUGUGCAUGCACAAGUGCUGGAAGAGUAGAGCUGAUAAAGGAUAUACAAUACCAAAGGUUUAA